CCAUUUCCGGGAAUGCAGAAUGUGGCAGCAGGGGUUGCGUUGGUGAUUGGUUUACGAUCGUCUAAAAAUAUUUAUAUUGCACCACGGAUGAACACCGAGCAAGUAUAAAAUUUAUAAUACUCUGCAUUUGUUAACAUUAUAUAAAAUUCUCAUAGCCACAAUAUGUAUUCUCUGGAAGAUGAUCAAUAUGAUGAUGAAGAUGCAGAAGAAAUUUCGUCAAAACUUUGGCAGGAAGCCUGUUGGAUUGUUAUUAAUGCCUAUUUUGAUGAAAAAGGUCUUGUUAGACAACAACUUGACAGUUUUGAUGAAUUUAUUGAAAUGUCGGUUCAACGAAUUGUUGAAGACUCGCCACAAAUUGAUUUACAAGCAGAAGCACAACAUACUUCGGGCGAAAUAGAAAAUCCAGUUAGACACUUGUUGAAAUUUGAACAAAUUUAUUUGUCUAAACCUACACAUUGGGAAAAAGAUGGAGCACCAUCUCCUAUGAUGCCUAAUGAGGCAAGACUAAGAAAUUUGACAUAUUCUGCGCCGUUGUAUGUAGAUAUAACUAAAACGAUUGUAAAAGAUGGAGAAGAUCCUAUUGAAACUCAACAUCAAAAGACAUUUAUAGGAAAGAUUCCAAUUAUGUUGAGAUCAAAAUAUUGUUUACUUGCUGGCUUAUCUGAUCGUGAUUUAACAGAAUUGAAUGAAUGUCCAUUAGAUCCUGGAGGCUAUUUUAUUAUUAAUGGUUCAGAGAAAGUGCUGAUUGCACAAGAAAAAAUGGCAACAAAUACAGUUUAUGUCUUUAGUAUGAAAGAUGGUAAAUAUGCAUAUAAAUCAGAAAUUCGAUCUUGUUUGGAACAUAGUUCACGUCCUACAUCUACAUUGUGGAUUAAUAUGAUGGCAAAGAGCGGAGCUAGUAUUAAAAAGUCUGCUAUAGGUCAACGUAUUAUCGCAAUUAUCCCAUACAUUAAACAAGAAAUUCCUAUUAUGAUUGUAUUCCGUGCACUUGGAUUUGUAGCUGAUCGCGAUAUUUUAGAACAUAUCAUAUAUGAUUUUGAUGAUCCGGAAAUGAUGGAAAUGGUUAAACCUUCCUUAGAUGAGGCAUUUGUAAUACAAGAACAAAACGUGGCUCUAAAUUUUAUUGGUACUAGAGGUGCAAGACCUGGAGUAACUAAAGAAAAACGUAUUAAAUAUGCUAGAGAAAUUUUACAAAAGGAGAUGCUUCCACAUGUUGGCAUAAGUGAUUUUUGCGAAACCAAAAAGGCUUACUUUCUUGGGUACAUGGUACACCGUUUAUUGUCAGCCUCUUUAGGUCGAAGAGAAUUAGACGAUCGAGAUCAUUAUGGUAAUAAAAGAUUAGACCUAGCUGGUCCGUUAUUAGCAUUCUUAUUUAGAGGGCUAUUUAAAAAUUUAAUGAAAGAAGUGCGAUUGUAUGCACAGAAGUUUAUAGAUAGAGGAAAAGAUUUCAACCUUGAACUUGCCAUAAAAACUAAAAUUAUUACUGAUGGCUUGAGAUACUCACUUGCUACAGGAAAUUGGGGAGAUCAAAAGAAGGCUCAUCAAGCUAGAGCUGGUGUAUCACAAGUAUUGAACAGGUUAACGUUUGCGUCAACGCUAUCACAUUUAAGAAGAGUGAAUUCUCCAAUUGGAAGAGAUGGAAAAUUGGCCAAGCCGCGUCAAUUACAUAAUACGUUGUGGGGUAUGUUAUGUCCUGCAGAAACCCCUGAAGGUGCUGCAGUUGGUCUAGUAAAAAAUUUAGCAUUGAUGGCUUAUAUUAGCGUUGGAUCUCAACCUUCACCAAUUCUUGAAUUCUUAGAGGAAUGGUCUAUGGAAAAUUUAGAAGAAAUUGCACCAAGUGCAAUAGCUGAUGCAACAAAAAUAUUCGUAAAUGGUUGUUGGGUUGGAAUUCACAGAGACCCAGAUCAAUUAAUGGCUACUUUACGUAAAUUAAGAAGACAAAUGGACAUUAUUGUAUCAGAAGUAUCUAUGAUAAGAGAUAUUAGAGAUCGUGAAAUCAGAAUAUAUACAGAUGCAGGAAGAAUCAGUAGGCCUUUAUUAAUUGUUGAAGGGCAGACCUUACUAUUAAAGAAAAGACAUAUUGACAUGUUAAAAGAAAGAGAUUACAAUAAUGAUGGCUGGCAAGAAUUAGUUGGUAGCGGAGUUGUUGAAUAUAUUGAUACUUUAGAAGAGGAAACUGUUAUGAUUGCGAUGUCCCCUGAAGAUUUGAGACAAGAAAAGGAAUAUGCAUAUUGUACAACAUAUACACAUUGUGAAAUUCAUCCAGCAAUGAUUCUGGGAGUGUGUGCCUCUAUUAUUCCAUUCCCUGAUCACAAUCAAAGUCCAAGAAAUACUUAUCAAAGUGCUAUGGGUAAACAAGCUAUGGGAGUAUAUAUUACAAACUUUCAUGUUCGAAUGGAUACUUUGGCACAUGUACUAUAUUAUCCUCAUAAACCUUUAGUAACUACCAGAUCUAUGGAAUACCUUAGGUUUCGUGAACUUCCAGCUGGAAUUAACAGUAUAGUUGCUAUAUUAUGUUAUACUGGUUAUAAUCAAGAAGACAGUGUCAUUUUAAAUGCUAGUGCUGUUGAGAGAGGUUUCUUUAGAUCUGUAUUCUAUAGAUCCUAUAAAGAUUCAGAAUCCAAGAGAAUUGGAGAUCAAGAAGAGCAAUUUGAAAAACCUACACGCCAAACUUGUCAAGGGAUGCGUAAUGCUAUUUAUGAUAAAUUAGAUGAUGAUGGAAUUAUUGCUCCUGGAAUUCGCGUAUCCGGAGAUGAUGUAGUUAUAGGUAAAACUAUCACUCUUCCAGAAGCAGACGAUGAGUUAGAUAGUACGACAAAACGUUUUACAAAACGAGAUGCAUCAACCUUUUUACGUAAUAGUGAAACUGGGAUAGUAGAUCAAGUAAUGUUAACUUUGAACAGUGAAGGAUAUAAAUUUUGUAAAAUACGGGUACGCAGCGUUCGUAUUCCACAAAUUGGUGAUAAAUUUGCUUCUCGACAUGGACAAAAAGGUACCUGCGGAAUUCAAUACAGACAGGAAGAUAUGCCAUUUUCAUGUGAAGGUCUCACACCAGACAUUAUAAUUAAUCCUCAUGCUAUCCCAUCGCGUAUGACUAUUGGUCACUUAAUUGAGUGUAUACAGGGGAAGGUGUCUGCUAAUAAAGGUGAAAUUGGCGAUGCUACUCCAUUUAACGACGCUGUAAAUGUACAGAAAAUUUCUACACUUUUACAAGAAUAUGGUUAUCAACUGAGAGGAAAUGAAGUCAUGUAUAAUGGUCAUACUGGUCGCAAGAUAAAUGCUCAAGUCUUUUUAGGGCCAACUUAUUAUCAACGUUUGAAACAUAUGGUGGAUGAUAAAAUUCAUAGUAGAGCUCGGGGACCUGUACAAAUUUUAGUUAGACAGCCUAUGGAAGGAAGAGCAAGAGAUGGAGGUUUACGAUUUGGUGAAAUGGAACGUGAUUGUCAAAUUUCCCAUGGAGCUGCACAAUUUCUAAGAGAACGUUUAUUCGAAGUAUCGGAUCCAUAUCGUAUACAUAUAUGUAACUUUUGUGGUUUAAUCGCAAUAGCCAAUUUGAGGAAUAAUACAUUUGAAUGCAAAGGAUGUAAAAACAAAACGCAAAUUUCUCAAAUUAGGCUACCAUAUGCGGCAAAAUUACUUUUCCAAGAACUUAUGGCUAUGAAUAUUGCACCUCGAUUAAUGGUCGCAUAAACAUUGGCAUACCUAAUGUUUCCUAUUAGACAAUAGGAGUGUGCGAAAUCUCAAAAUAUCGAUUCGGAAUGGGUCGGGAAAAUUCAGGCAGACUCGGGCAAAUCGACAAUUUGAAAUCGAAUCGGAUUGGCAGUAAACAAAUACUUCUGUUUUCGCUUAAUAGUUUGAUCUCCAAUUCUCGAACUGAUCAUACCUGAAUUUUUCUAACCCAUCCUGAAGUUUUAGUUGCUUGCACACCUCUUAGCCAUACACUUUAACAUCAUAAUCAAGAUGUAAUGAUAUAAGACAUACUUAAUUUCAAACUAUUUCUAAUAAAUAUCAAACGUAUCUUUUA